AUGGAUGCACCUGCUUCAUCAGAGAUUAUUCAAAGACCAAGAACUUCAAAUAUUCUGCAUGCACCACUUGUGCGGAAGCAAUUACUGAGAGCUCUUUUUGUUUUGGUGGUUCAUGUAUCAUAUGUGGAAGCUGCAAAUGGUCGCCAUUCAUCAUCAAAUGAGGUGGACCAAUGCAGAGAGCCAGAAGACAUUCAAACCACCCUUGAUACAGAUUUAUUUGAUGAUGAAGCAGACAGUAAUAUGAGCGAGGAUUUGGUGGAGGCCCAUCUCGGUCAACUAACUGAAACCAGUGUAAUGGAUGUUGACAAGAGGAAAAGAGAAGAUGGGCAAGGAAAUCAAGUGGUAUGUUUGAUCAUGCAAAUUGAGGUGGGUGACAAGUUCAUACUAAGGGCUCAUCCAGCCAUUGGCAAAGUGUUGCUAUCAAGAAGUUGA